CCCACAAUGGGACUCGACAGCGACGCGUGGCUAUCGCUUCAGCUCACGCUGGACGGCGCUGUCCAGACACUCUUGCAGGCGUACACGAGCGGCCGCGACGAGCUCUGCAGCGGAUACCGCUUUGCGAAAGCCAAGCAUGGCCAGCACCUCUUUACACGCACGACAUCCGCGUCGCCCUUCCUUGAGGUGCUCUCGAUCGGCAACUCGGUCCGGUCGCUCGACGACGUUCUCGACCUCUGCUACGCCGCGACCUCGGAGGACCAGCGCAUCCUAGAAGGCCUCGUGCACGGCGACAAGUACCUCGAUGCGGCAGUCCUUGAGACAGUGUUCGCCGCGACAAUCGACGACCCGUUUCGGUGGCUCGGCACCAAGACCAAGCAGAUCUACAUGACGGGCGGCUUUGAAAAGCGAGGCACGACGUUUGUCGAGUACUCGGGGUCGCUGACCGACGACCUCGGGCAGCGCGUGCUCUUCAUCAUGCGCGAGUCGAUGCCUGGCGACCUCCCGCGCGACGUCAUCGCGUACCGCCUCCAGUCCAUCUCGCUCUUCGUCGAGAACGCGACCGGCCGUGUCCAGGACGUGCAUUAUAGUUUUGUGGACCCCCAGGGCAAGUUUCCCGCGUGGCUCUUCAACCAGCAGGUCGCGACGCACAUGCCGGUGACGCACCGCAUCUCGAUGCUCGCGCAAAAGAAGCGACUCCUCCUCGCGGCCAUGCAUCAGCCCGUCGACUACGACGACCGCCGCACCCGCGCCUGUGGCUCGUGCGGUGAUAAGCUCAGUGCUUUCAUCACAAGCACGUGUGUCUGGCCUGUCAUCAUAGCCCUUUUGCAAAAGUGCUUUGUUGUCGCGAAAGACCCCAAGCUGCCCAUGCACCACCUCGCGUGGAUGGACGAAGAUGCGAUCUUGCACUCGGUGAUUGCGCGGCGCCGCUUCUACUCCAACCAAGCGCACACGUCGAACGCGAACGGUGCGACGUUGUACGACGACAAGUGCCGUCGGUCGAGCGUCGGUGUCCGCAAUAGCUCUAUCACGACGACCGGGUCACUGGCCGAUCUUCCAGAGGAGCCCGCCUUUGCGGAAAUGGACGCGUGCAUCCAGACGCAGCGCAACCUCGUCGAGCAAAUUCGCCUCCGCCUCCAAGAACCCACGCUCGAUUAGAGUCAUACACCCUAUUUAACGCACAAAAAUAAUACCUCUAAAUUUUUA